GUCCUCCCCUUGCCUCUACUACACUUACUUGAUGUCGGCUGCGCAGCAAUCACAAGGCAUUCAGACCCUCCUCGAGGCUGAGAAGGAGGCCGCCAAGAUCGUCCAGCAAGCGCGCGAAUACCGGGUGCAAAAGCUCAAGGACGCAAGGUCUGAGGCCGCGAAAGAGAUAGAAGCGUACAAACAGUCCAAGGAACAAGAAUUCAAGGCGUUUGAGGCGUCGCACGCUGGCACAACAUCGGCGGCCCAGAUCAAUGUGGACAAGGAGACUCAGAUUGGCCUCAAACAGAUCACCGACUCGUUCAACAAGAAUAAGGAGGCAGUCGUGAAGAAGCUUGUUGACCGUGUUACCCUCGUUAAGCCCGAAUUGCAUCGGAAUCUCAGCAAGGUUGAGGCAUAGAU